GAAGUUGAUCUCUUCGCUGGUAAAAAAUAAUUCCACUUCCCCCGGAACCCAGAUCAUCCCCGCGAUUUCCUGUUUAUUGCAUUAAGGCGCCGGGUUUCCGGGGCUCCUGGCCCCGCUUAUUCCGCGGGGGUCGGCGGGGUCGGCCUGGGCGCCCGGUCCGCCCGCGCCGCCGCCGUGCUUUGUCCGCUGGGCACCCCGCUUCUGGGAGGGGCGGGCAGACAUGGUGGCGGCCGCCGCCCCCUCCUCGGCCCCGGCAUGCCGCGGCCUCCUGGCUGCUCUGGGCUGGGCCAGGCCGCAGCCCAGGGCUGGUGCGGCGAUGGGGUCGCUCCGGGACGGCUGGGGCUCUGAGAUCGCCAGGAGGCGGGCGAUGGGCGGGAGAAGGAGAGAGGCAGGCGCGGCCCGGCCUCGGCCCCCGGCGCCGCCGGCUCCUUUGUCUGGGCGGCCUGACGGGCCCGCCGGGUUCUGCGGAGCAGGGAAGGGGCGGCCGGCCCUGGGCGCACGGUGCUGCGGGGCCCGCGGGGCCCACGGGGCGGGGAGGCGCUCGGGCCGCCGCGGGAGCGGAUGGCCGGGACAGGGUUAACUGGAGAGCCCAGCCUGUGCCGCGUGGGGCGGCCACCACGACAGCGUCGGCCGCGGGGACUGGAGUCCUGAGGGGAAGAAGACUGUCUUUCUGAUCAGCUCGAGACUUGUGCCACAGAGGCUUUGCCGCCGAGACCCGCGAGUGCACGGCUUCGGGAAAGUUGAGAAUUUUGCCAGGUCAUCUCUGCCUGGGCACAGUUAAUCAGUGGUGUAUUUAGCGUGUUUUCGUUGAAGCUCUCCAACUGUGUUGAAGCAGCAUGCCUAUCCUCAAGGGUGCAUCGUGAAAACUGAAACCAAAGGAAUGAGAGAGGCCUGCUUUGUGUGUUUUCCCACUUUACGCUUGUUUCUGCUACAUACUCUCUUCCUUUAAGCCUGGCGAGCAGACAUCUGUUCAAAGAAGGGGCAGAGACUACAGUUUACUUCUGAAGGGGGCUUGGUAAUGUGGAAAUAUUUAACUUCUCCCUCCAGACUCGUUUGUGUCUCCACUCAGAUGUCCCUGGUAGAUUUGGGAAAGAAGCUUUUAGAAGCGGCACGAGCAGGUCAAGAUGAUGAAGUUCGUAUUUUGAUGGCAAAUGGAGCUCCUUUUACUACAGACUGGCUGGGAACGUCUCCACUUCAUCUGGCAGCACAGUAUGGGCAUUAUUCCACCACAGAGGUACUACUCCGAGCUGGCGUGAGUAGAGAUGCCAGAACCAAAGUGGACCGGACACCACUGCACAUGGCAGCUUCUGAGGGCCAUGCCAGCAUAGUAGAGGUUUUGCUUAAGCAUGGUGCCGAUGUCAAUGCAAAGGACAUGUUAAAGAUGACAGCUCUACACUGGGCCACAGAACACAAUCAUCAAGAGGUGGUGGAACUUUUAAUCAAAUAUGGUGCUGAUGUACACACGCAAAGUAAAUUUUGUAAAACUGCAUUUGAUAUUUCUAUAGACAACGGGAAUGAAGAUUUAGCAGAGAUAUUACAGAUUGCUAUGCAGAACCAAAUCAACACAAACCCGGAGAGUCCUGACACUGUGACGAUACACGCCGCAACACCACAGUUUAUCAUUGGACCUGGAGGGGUGGUGAACCUAACAGGUCUGGUAUCUUCAGAAAAUUCAUCCAAGGCAACAGACGAAACGGGUGUAUCGGCUGUUCAGUUUGGAAACUCCUCUACAUCAGUAUUAGCUACAUUAGCUGCCUUAGCUGAAGCAUCUGCACCAUUGUCCAAUUCUUCAGAAACUCCAGUAGUUGCCACGGAAGAAGUAGUCACUGCAGAAUCUGUGGAUGGUGCAAUUCAACAAGUAGUUAGUUCAGGAGGUCAGCAAGUAAUCACUAUAGUUACAGAUGGAAUACAGCUUGGAAACUUACAUUCCAUUCCCACCAGUGGAAUAGGUCAGCCCAUCAUUGUGACCAUGCCAGAUGGACAACAAGUAUUAACAGUACCAGCAACAGACAUUGCUGAAGAAACUGUUAUAAGUGAAGAACCACCAGCUAAGAGACAAUGUAUCGAAAUAAUUGAAAACAGGGUGGAAUCUGCAGAAAUAGAAGAGAGAGAAGCGCUUCAGAAACAGCUGGAUGAAGCAAAUCGAGAAGCACAAAAAUAUCGACAGCAGCUUCUAAAGAAAGAACAGGAAGCAGAGGCCUACAGGCAGAAAUUAGAAGCUAUGACGCGCCUUCAGACUAAUAAAGAAGCUGUUUGAUUGAAAUGAACAUAUAGCUUGAUUUUACUUUUGGUCAAGAAAGAAUACAAUCUUGAACUGUACACAAUAAAGGUACAGUCACGGGAAUACAGGAUAAUAGAAGACUACAGAUCGAUAAUUGGACUUAAGCCAUGAGCUCUGAAUUCUUGUAACAUAAAACUUUAGAAGUUGUGAAAUGUAUUUAAAACUGAAUUCUGUAAAUAGUUCUUGGUUGUUUUUUUUUUUACAGUUCCAAAUGAGUUGAUAAAGAUUGUUGAAGAGAUCCAAAAACACAAAAAGCCACUGUUUUUGUGAAUUCUUUUUUGAUUUUAGUAUAAACCUUAAUUUCUCAGAAACAGAACAGUUUUAAGGGUGAUCGUUGUUGAUUAGACCAAAUGUUGUGUAAUAAUUAUGGUGGACUGAUGCUGGAAUUACUCCUGUAGGUAUAAACUUCUAUAUGAAGAGAUUUCUCCCAGGAAAUCUUUGUACAGCUUUAAGUUGUCUCAGAUUCUCUGAAAACAUUUUUUAGAAAGCAAAAUUUUUAUAUUUGUUCAAUUUCAGCUAUACGCAAGUAGAUUUACAUGUAUAUGAAGCAAAUAUUUUUUAAACUUUCUGUUUGUACAUAUUCUGCAUGUUUUAUAAUUUCAAAAUGCAUCACUUAAAUAGGUAUUUUUCCCACAAAGAUGAUGAAACUUACCAGAAAAGGAAAAAAAAAAAAAAACCUCUGACUAUUCUACAGGUCAUUGAAACUAAACUAUCAGUUGGUUUUAUUGGAAUGACAAUGUUCUUGGAAGGAACAGCGUACAAGAUAACUUGAAUUUGCAAACUCUGCAAAACCUAUACUUUUUUGAAAAUUUCAUAGUGGGGACGUGAAACUGUAUUCUGUGCCUUCCAUCAUGAUUUCCACAUGAAAGCACUUUAAGGCACUGGAUUUUAAGAUAAUGUUUUUGGAAAACUCACUGCAUAUGGGUUUCUGAAAUACUUCAUGGACUGAUUUCUCCCCCAGGAAAUUAUUCUUAUGAAAAAAAUUGCUUUUGUAUGUAGAACAAGAACUUUUUGUACUACAGUGAUGCUCCGGAUAUGUCUAACAUAUCUUUUCCUUUUCCCUAUGAAAACUCAGUGUCUGUGCUGUGACUUGCUCUCAUCACAAUAUUGUUGAAUUCCACAAUGUAUGAACCUUUUUUUUUUUUUUUUGCAAAACAUAACUUCCACCCCCUUUUUUCUUGCUUUAUUUUUUAAUGUUUUAUUGCUUUAUGGAAAUGUUUAACCCUAAAACCCCUCUAGAUUACUUAUACUGUAUAAAGAAGCAAUUACCCUUAAAACUGUACUCUGGUCUACUUUUCUAUUUUACAAUUAAAUAUCUUUUCCACAUACGUUCAGUGUACAUUUAUUUUGUCAAUAUUUUAUUCAUAUGUUACAAAUUGUAUACUACUG